AUGGACUUCAGCAAUGACGAUUUCCUCAACUGGGUACUUCAGCAGACCGAGAUUGAGCUACCCCAGCAACCGUUAUUGAAUCCCCAAGAAACUCAAAAGCAACAACCUGCUGGCAGCAAUAAUGAAACAAUGGCAGCAACUACAGCACCCUAUACUUUGACCUUUGACAAUGCACAACCAACGCCUGAUUUGGACAUGCUUUUUACUCCUCAACAAUGGGACCAGGGGAUACCAUUGAUCAACAGCAAUGAUCAUAGUCCUUUGAUGCAGUCAUAUCAUAGUGGGAGCAGCACAAGUGGAAGUUCAUCUGAUAGCAGCGACAAGGAAAGCAGCCCUCUUCCUAGAUCGCCAUCACCUCCAGCUACCAAAGGAAGAUUUACCAGCAAAGCUGCACUCAAACCUUUUAUACCUGAGGACAUUGAGCCACCCACCAAUGCCGACCAUCGUACAAUGCCUACCACGGGUCGACUCGAUUUCCGUGUUACAGCAACCCCUGAUUACAAUGUCUCUGCCUCUGAUUUGAAAAAGAUGACAUCCAAAGAACGACGACAAUUACGCAAUAAGAUCUCUGCUCGCAACUUUCGACAACGAAGAAAAGAUUACAUCACAUCAUUGGAGGAGGAAAUUGAAGAAUUGAAAUCGGAUAAGGCUCAGAUGAGAAAUGAGAUCAACAAGGUGUACGACCUUGUCAGCAAAUUACGCAAGGAAAAUGAAAAGCUGCGUACGGAUAUGAUGAUGGUACGACAACAGCAACAACAACAACCACAACAACCAUCACCCGAUAUACCAACUAUGAGCGUUCUCAACAAUACGGAUGAAAAUGCAUUGACCACGUGGGAUGCUCUUUUACGGGACUCAACAUGGUUAUCACACGCAUCGAUGCCACAAUGGGACUUUUCCCACGUCCUUUCCAAAGAUCAAGAAAAGUCUUCUCUUUCUUUGCGUUUGAAUGCACGAGAAAUGAUCCAACGGUAUCCAUUGCUUGCACCCGCUUUGAUGUCUAUUGUACUCGAUCACACCAUGGGCAUGAGCAGCGAACAACUGCUGGCAGCUUCUACGUCCACAUCAUCUUCAAUUCCCCUUUACAAUAAUCGUGAUGGAAAAGCACUCAUGCCUUUGCUUUACGAGGCGUUACAAGAACGACGUGCAUCGAUAUCUGAGAUAACAGAUGAUGAGGAUAUGGCAACAGCAAGUGAACAAGAUGACGACGAUAGCAGUGACAGCGAUGUCGAUGAAGAGGAUGAUGAGGAUAUGCAACUUGUGAAAAGAUUACAGCAACAGCAAUACGAAGAAGCAGCCUCGGGCGAUUCAAUGUCAUGUCGUGAAUGGGUCAAGAACAAGUUGUGUUGCUUAAAUGGACGAUGCGAGCAGCAAUGUUGUGUACGCAGGUUGGCAUGCUAUGCCAUCACAGCCGCUUAUCAAGCUUGUGUACAACAAUUGUGUGACAUCAAGCAAAAGGAUAUUGAAGGCUGCUGUUCAAAGAACCUCCCAGAGACACCAACAGCUCAUCAAGUAUCAGCUACCUGUGCGGUCCAAUGUGGAUGCUAA